AUGGCUGCUGCUGUUGCUGUAGAGCGUCCCAACACAGCCCAGGAGCGUGUUCUCGCGUCCAACAACCCGCCACCACCGCCACCGGUGCGCCCGGAUCCGACACACCGCCAGCGUGCGGCUGCCAACAACCGUGGUACGGGUGUUGCUGGCCUCUUCUGCGGUCAGCCAAAGCCAAAGGAGGAAGAGGAGGCACCACCCGCGCCGGUGCCAACGAAGGCGCCGCAGGCAAGCCCUUCGGAGUUCUUUUCUGGCCCAAAGGACCCUGGCCAUGUGAAGCACGGUGUGCGCAGGUUCGAGGAAGCUGGCACGACUGUUGGCCUGGCCCUUACGGAGGAAUGGAUCCGUGGCAGGAAGGAGGGUGAACCCAUAACUCUGCUGCCCUCAAAGCAGAGCGGCCCCAAGGGUAAUCUCGAGGGGCUCUGCUGCAGCGUCAAGACGGAGGAGGCAAAGCACCGGCCACUUCGUGCGCCGGGUCUACCGCCGGCGCAAAGCGCUGGAGCGCCGUUCAGCGAGCCGGAGCUCCCAUCCGCACCGCCUGCCGCCGACACGCACACCGGCAAGCGUCAAUUCAAAGCACGCACUACCGCUGCCUUGAGCCAUCAUUAUGAUGAGGCUGCUCCUGACGCGGCACCAGUGGACGACCGCCCGCGCGGUACCGUGCGCACGCGCCGCAACAGGGCAAACGAGUCGGUGGACGUUCUGAACCUCGGCCAGUACACCAGGGAAGACCUUCACGAGGUUGAGCGCAAGAUUGUCUCCGGUCCCCGCAAGUUCACCCCCGAGUCGCUGCCGCCCCGCCGACGCCCCAUCAUUGCACGCCGCAAAACGGCGGCGAACGAGACACACGACAUCUUCGGCACCGGUCAGGGCACCGACUCGGCGUGCCCCAUCCACCGCAAGAACCCCGGUACAAGUGCCCCGAGGCGCUGCGGUGCGGACCUCUUCAACCCGCAGCCGGAGGAGGUGAAGCCGAUGAAGCCGUACCACCCAAGCAUGCUGCUGUCGUACGACGUCUCGCGUCCCGCGACGGCAGAUGGUCCCCGCAAGGGCGGUGAGCGCGCAGCUGCUGCUGCUGCGGGAGCCGCACCAGAGUCGUGUGCCCCGCGCAAGGCUCCGCAAAAGGCAGAGCCAGGCACUCUGUUCGUCUCCAAGUCGGAGAGCUACGAGCCGCGCGGUGGUCGUGGCCGCGGUGUGUACGCUCCGAAGAGCAGCGGCAAAUUCUUCUAA